UGAUGGUGAGAAAACAAAACCUGCUUAAUCAUUGCGUGAAUAUCUUGGGGAGAUUAAAUAAUGCCGCAGAUAUUUCGGCAAUACACGUACGACGACUCAUUUCUAAAGGUGUUCGUGGACAGCAACCUGGCGAGCGAGUACCAGAUCGCUCUGAUAUUCGCCAGAGACUACGACGAGCUCAAUUCUCCAACCAAUGGAAUUUUCAAUAUCUUCUGGGACAAAACCAAAGUCACUCCUUCUUCCAUCCUUCAGUUCAGAGAACGCCUUCCCGUCAACGUUAAGCUCAAAGUCUUCAUCUCCAUUGGCGAUCGCGACGUUAACUUCCGCCUCCGCCCUCUCGACACCCAGUCAUGGAUCUCCAACGCCACCAACUCGCUCACAAGCAUCAUCCGAGACGAACUCUACGCCCUAACCCUACACCAAAUCGAAUUUGGACUCGACGUCUUCUAUGAACACAUCGAUGACUCCGUCGAACCAAACGGAUUCGCUCAGUGCAUGGGCCAGCUUAUCAAGAACCUCAAGGCCGCGAAAGUCAUAACCGCCGCUUCCAUUUCGCCGUCGGCCAGUCUUAGCGAAGACUAUUACUCCUUGCUGAAUCGAAGGUUCUGCAACUAUAUAGAUUUGGUGGAUUAUCAGUUUCAGAAUGAGAUAACUUCUGUGGACAGUCUUGUCCUCUUGGAGGAACGGUUCAGUGCUGUUUCCAAGGUUUAUCCCCAGAGGAAGCUUCUCGCCGGGUACAGUGCCGAGAACGAGGAUUGGACUAAUCUCUCGCCCAUUGUCUUCUUCUUGUUUGGUUACAACCUCUUCAAGAAGAAAGAAGUUGCGGGUUUCUCCAUUCUCUACCAUGAUUUUGUGAAUCCUAUUCCUUCGCCGUCAUCGGACUCGCCCCCUUGAUUGGGGUGCAGAUGAAGAAUAAUUAAUUAAGCAACAUUUCCCAUAGGUGCCCCACGUCUAAUGUAUUAAGUAAUUGCUGUGCAGUUAACUUUAAUUUGCCAGCUUGGUGCAUGUUAUGUGCUGGUAUUAAUAAUAAAACCUGUGGGAAUACAUCCAGGGUUAGGUUCUCACGAUGGAUGUAACAAAGAACAAAAAUGUGGCCAAUGGUGGUAUUCUAUGUAUGCAAUGGAUGUUUAUAAAUAACAUAUCAAUCCAUUUGCUCA